CCCAGUGCGCGUGCGCGGGCGUCUCAGGUUCUGGGCCCCUGCGGCCGUGGCUCUUUUGUUUCCCUACCCGGGCCCGAGCCGGAGUCGGAAUUCCCGUUGGCACCGAGUCUGAAUCCUAGUCGGAACCGGGGUGGAGACCGGGUCGGGACCGGGCCGGGGAGGAGUGGGAUCCGGAUCAGCGGCUAGGCUGGGAGCGGGCCCGGCCUGCCCGAUGGCGCGCGCCCCCAGCCCGCUGCCCCCGGCCCGCGCCGCCGCCUGAGCCUGGCCCGCCCGCUCGCCUGGCCCGCCCGGCCCGCGCCAUGGAGCCCGGCCGCGGCGGCCUGGAGAUCGUGGGCAAGUUCGAGUUCUCGCGCAAGGACCUGAUUGGGCACGGCGCCUUCGCGGUGGUCUUCAAGGGGCGCCACCGAGAGAAGCACGACCUGGAGGUCGCAGUCAAGUGCAUUAACAAAAAGAACCUCGCCAAGUCCCAGACACUGCUGGGGAAGGAAAUCAAGAUCCUCAAGGAAUUGAAACAUGAAAACAUCGUGGCUCUGUACGACUUCCAGGAGAUGGCCAGUUCCGUCUACCUGGUCAUGGAGUACUGCAACGGCGGGGACCUGGCCGACUACCUGCACACCAUGCGGACGCUGAGCGAGGACACCAUCCGGCUGUUCCUGCAGCAGAUCGCGGGCGCCAUGCGGCUGCUGCACAGCAAGGGCAUCAUCCACCGCGACCUGAAGCCCCAGAACAUCCUGCUGUCCAACCCCGGCGGGCGCCGUGCGAGCCCCAACAACAUCCGGGUCAAGAUCGCCGACUUCGGCUUCGCCCGCUACCUGCAGAGCAACAUGAUGGCAGCCACGCUCUGUGGCUCCCCCAUGUACAUGGCCCCCGAGGUCAUCAUGUCCCAGCACUACGACGGGAAGGCGGACCUGUGGAGCAUCGGCACCAUCGUGUACCAGUGCCUGACGGGGAAGGCCCCCUUCCAGGCCAGCAGCCCUCAGGACCUCCGCCUCUUCUACGAGAAGAACAAGACCCUGGUGCCCGUCAUCCCCCGGGAGACCUCGGCCCCGCUGAGGCAGCUGCUGCUGGCCCUGCUGCAGCGCAACCACAAGGACCGCAUGGACUUCGAUGAGUUUUUCCGCCACCCUUUCCUUGACACCAGCGCUUCUGUGAAGAAGUCCCCGCCUGUGCCCGUGCCCUCGUACCCGAGCUCCGGCUCCGGCAGCAGCUCCAGCAGCAGCUCCACCUCGCACCUGGCCUCCCCGCCGUCCCUGGGGGAGAUGCAGCAGCUGCAGAAGACGCUGACCUCCCCGGCCGACGCUGCCGGCUUCCUGCAGGGCUCCCGGGACUCGGGCGGCAGCAGCAAGGACUCGUCCUGCGACACCGAUGACUUCGUCAUGGUCCCCGCGCAGUUUCCAGGUGACCUGGUGGCCGAGGCAGUUGGUGGCAAGCCUGCCCCAGACAGCCUGAUGUGCAGUGGGAGCUCCCUGGUGGCCUCAGCUGGGCUGGAGAGCCACGGCCGGACCCCAUCUCCAUCCCCACCCUGCAGCAGCUCCCCCAGCCCCUCGGGCCGCGCCGGCCCCUUCUCCAGCAGCAGGUGCGGGGCGUCCGUCCCCAUCCCGGUGCCCACGCAGGUGCAGAACUACCAGCGCAUCGAGCAGAACCUGCAGUCACCCACCCAGUUCCAGACCCCACGGUCCUCCGCUAUCCGCAGGUCGGUCAGCACCAGCCCCCUGGGCUUCGCACGGGCCAGCCCGUCACCCCCAUCCCACGCUGAGCAUGGGGCCGCCCUGGCCAGGAAGCUCUCCCUGGGCGGCGGCCGGCCCUACACGCCAUCUCCCCAAGUUGGAACCAUCCCCGAGCGCCUGGGCUGGAGCGGGGUGCCCUCCCCACAGGGAGCCGAGAUGCGGGGUAGCAGGUCCCCUCGUCCAGGCUCCUCCGUGCCUGAGCACUCGCCCCGCACCGCUGGGCUGGGCAGCCGCCUGCACAGCGCUCCCAACCUGUCCGACCUGCACAUCGUCCGCCCCAAGCUGCCCAAGCCCCCCACGGACCCCCUGGGGGCUGUGUUCGGCCACCCGCCGGCCAGCCCCCCGCAGCCGCCCCACGGGCUGCAGUCCUGCCGACCCCUGCGCGGCUCGCCCAAGCUGCCCGACUUCCUGCAGCGGAACCCCCUGCCCCCCAUCCUGGGCUCCCCUACCAAGGCGGCUCCCGCAUUCGACUUCCCCAGGACGCCCAGCUCCCAGAACCUGCUGACCCUCCUGGCCCGGCAGGGCGUGGUCAUGACGCCCCCUCGGAACCGCACGCUGCCAGACCUCUCCGAGGCGGGUCCCUUCCAGGGCCCUGGCCUGCGGCCCGCUGAGGACGCCAAGGGCCCCUUCGGCAGGUCCCUCAGCACGGGCCGCCUCACCGAUCUACUCCUUAAGGCCGCGUUUGGGACUCAGGCCCCGGACUCGGGCAGCUCCGACAGCCUGCACGAGAAGCCCAUGGAAAUCGCGCCCUCUGCUGGCUUCGGAGGGAACCUGCAGCCCGGCGCCCGCGCUGGGGGCGCCAGCAGCCCUUCCCCCGUGGUGUUCACUGUGGGCUCGCCUCCCAGCGGGGCCACGCCGCCCCAGGGCCCCCGUGCUAGGAUGUUCUCAGUGGGCUCCUCCAGCUCCCUCUGCGCAGCCGGCGCAGCCUCUGCCCGCCACCUGGCGUCUGGGGCCUGCAGCGAGGCCGCCCCCGAGGCCCUGGCCCCUGGCCACUGCUGCAGCUUUGCCGACACCGUGGCCGCCAACCUGGAGGGGGCUGUGACCUUCGAGGCUCCUGACCUCCCUGAGGAGACGCUCAUGGAGCAAGAGCACACGGAGAUCCUGCACGGCCUGCGCUUCACCCUCGUCUUCGUCCAGCACGUCCUGGAGAUCGCCGCCCUGAAGGGCAGCGCCAGCGAGGCGGCCGGGGGCCCCGAGUACCAGCUGCAGGAGAGCGUCGUGGCCGACCAGAUCAGCCUGCUGAGCCGCGAGUGGGGCUUCGCGGAGCAGCUGGUGCUUUACCUGAAGGCGGCCGAGCUGCUGUCCUCCGCCCUCCAGACCGCCAUCGGCCAGAUCCGGGCGGGCAAGCUCUGCCUGUCGUCCACCGUGAAGCAGGUGGUCCGGAAGCUGAACGAGCUGUACAAGACCAGCGUGCUGUCCUGCCAAGGCCUGAGCCUGCGCCUGCAGCGCUUCUUCCUGGACAAGCAGCGGCUGCUGGACCGCAUCCAGAGCGUCACCGCCGAGAAGCUGAUCUUCAGCCACGCGGUGCACACGGUGCAGUCGGCCGCGCUGGACGAGAUGUUCCACCGCCGGGAGGACUGCGUGCAGCGCUACCACAAGGCGCUGCUGCUCAUGGAGGGGCUGCAGCAGCUGCUCGUGGACCAGGCGGACGUGGAGAACAUCGCCAAGUGCAAGCUGUGCAUCGAGCGGAGACUCUCAGCCCUGCUGACUGGGCCCUGCUGACCGGCCUCUGUGCCUGACCUCUCAGGAGCCUGCCCGCCGGGCCCCAGCAGCCGGACCUUCUCCGCGGACCCCGUGGUGGGCUGCCAGGGACAAGCCUGCAGCCUGGGGCUCCCAGUGCUGGGGGAGCCCAGCCUCCCCGCCCUGCGUCCAGAGCCAGGCGCCCAGGCACGGCUGCUUCCUGGGCCUCGGCCGGCACUGGAGGGCCCGCACGGAACCUCAACCCCGGCCAGUCCCCUGGCUGCCUCCAGGGCAGGUGGGGACAUAUGAGCAGCCCCCACCCUGGCCGUUCAAGCCGGGACCCACUCAAGCCAAAGCCUCCAGACCAGCCCAGGGCCCGCCCAGGAACAGGUGCGGGCUCCUGGCCCCUUUCCUCCCCGAGACCACCACCCAGCUUUGUGAAUCACCGAGCACUUUAUGCAGGCGGACUCGCGCCAGGACUGCGCGCCCAGUGCUGGCCGCUGCCCCGGAGGCGCGUGUACAUACCGUAUACAUACAUACAUAUAUACACAUAUA